CCUCUUCGUCCUUUUCUUCAUCCUUUUGUCAUCUCCCUUUCCUUUUCAUCAUUAUUUCAACUAAUCAUCCCUGCUCGGUUCCCUUGUUCCCUCUCUUUCUCUCACUCACUCAUUCACUCGCUCUUCGCUCCUCACAUUUCAUUUUUUACUAAUCAUCAUUUUGGCCUGCACGUCCGUGCUACCCCUCAAACAAUAGCAGUGCAGUAACUGAGCAGCGUCAAAUCCGUCCGUCAGCUCAUACAUUCCAUCCUGCGCCCUACCCUCUAACGUCUGAUUCGAUGACCAUGGAACUGCGAGUGGGCAACAAGUACAGAAUCGGCCGCAAAAUCGGCUCUGGCUCCUUUGGCGACAUCUACCUUGGCACGAGUAUUGUCAAUGGCGAAGAAGUGGCUAUCAAACUGGAGUCCAUCAAAGCAAAGCAUCCACAGCUGGAAUAUGAGGCACGAGUAUACAAGACGUUGGCAGGCGGAAUCGGCAUCCCCUUUAUUCGCUGGUUUGGAACGGAAUGCGACUACAAUGCCAUGGUCAUGGAUCUCCUCGGACCAAGUUUGGAGGACCUAUUCAACUUCUGCAGCAGAAAGUUCUCUCUGAAGACAGUUCUUUUGCUGGCGGAUCAACUGAUUUCACGCAUCGAAUACAUCCAUUCCAAGAACUUUAUUCACCGUGACAUCAAACCCGACAACUUCUUGAUGGGUAUUGGCAAGCGUGGAAACCAGGUGUAUGUCAUCGACUUUGGGCUGGCCAAAAAGUACCGCGACCCCAAGAGCCACCUGCACAUUCCUUACAGAGAGAACAAGAACCUGACGGGAACAGCCCGUUAUGCCAGUAUCAAUACCCAUCUGGGAGUUGAACAAUCACGUCGAGAUGAUUUGGAGUCGUUGUCAUACGUGAUGAUGUACUUUUGCAGAGGAUCACUUCCAUGGCAGGGACUGAAGGCGGCGACUAAGAAACAAAAGUACGACCGUAUCAUGGAGAAGAAGAUGACGACAUCAACGGACAUACUCUGCCGCGGUUUCCCUCAAGAGUUUGCCAUCUACCUGAACUAUGUCCGCUCGCUCCGCUUUGACGACAAGCCUGACUACUCGUACUUACGCAAGCUGUUCCGCGACCUCUUUGUUCGCGAGGGUUUCCAAUAUGACUAUGUCUUUGACUGGACCAUCUACAAAUACGAGAAAGAAAGCACCCGUAGCCAGCAGAUGGCCAUGCAGCAGCCUCAGGUUCAGCAGCAGCCACUACCACCACAACAGGACGAGCAGAAAUACCAGCAGUACUACCAGCAGCCGGUGAGGACAGUGAGGAACGAACAGCCGAUGAUGCAGCCGAUGGGGGCGCACGUAGAGCCUCGUCGCCGCCUGCAAGUGCCGCCUCCGAACCAAUCGAUGCCUCAGGGACAGGACCAGGGCAACGAUCCACGCGUAAAUCCUUCAGACCGAAUGUAUCAACCCUGAGUUGACGGAUGACGGACAGGGACUAUCUUUUUGUUUUUGGUACCGACGAUAAUUCUUAGGCAGCGGACUUCUUCCUGUUUAUGGUGGUUUUCAUGAGUAGAAGGCAACGAAGAUCGCCGUAAUAGGGUCAAGGAUGGCAGCGUACUCAGACAAGCACACAAACACAAACACAAACAUACAGACAAACGCAAACCCUUUCUUUUUUCCUUUCGACAACUUU